CGCCCCGCGCCCCCACUCCCUCCGUUCGCCAGAUUGACAGUUAACUCGGCGCGAGGCGCUUCUUCAGCUAACUUUACCGAGUCUCACCUACGCUGGAAUUUAACAUCGCUUCCGGGUAAGAGCACCUCCGUGAAAAGCUCGUCGCAAGCUGCGCUAAGAGCUGAGGCAAUGAGAAUCUAGGAGGGUCCCUAAGCGAAGUGAAAAGGCCAGAGGAAAAGGAGAUUAGUGUUGUGUUCAUGGCUGCUGGGGAUGGGGCGCAGCUGCCGGCGACACUAGCGGCCAGCAGGAGCGUGGAGAAAGCGCUGGAGGAGGCAGCGGCCAGCGGAGCGCUCGUGCUUUCCAACCGCAAACUCAAGGAGUUUCCCCGCACAGCCAGGAAUUACGACCUGUCCGACAUUACACAUGCAGACCUGUCGAAGAACCGGCUGUGUGAGGUGCCAGAGGAGUUGUGCCAGUUCAUCUCUCUGGAGACGCUCAGCAUUUAUCACAACUGUGUGCGCUCAGUUCCUUCCACCCUCUGCCAGCUACAGGCUCUCACCUACCUCAACCUCAGUCGUAACCAGCUGUCCAGUUUGCCCGCGUCAGUAUGUGAGCUCGCUCUGUUGCGAGUGCUCAACGUCAGCAACAACAAGCUACCAGUCCUUCCUGCUUCCAUACACAGACUUGCACAUCUCCGGCAACUGGAUGUGAGCUGUAAUGAGCUGCAGUGUUUGCCGGUGGAAUUGGGUCAGCUGGAGGGUUUACGGGAUCUGAACUUGAGAAGAAAUCAGCUCACGACCCUGCCAGAGGAAUUGGCCGAGUUGCCGCUAGUCCGUCUGGAUGUCUCCUGCAACAGAAUCUCCCACGUUCCCGUGUGCUUUCGGCACUUGCGGCACCUGCAGCUCAUCUCGCUGGAUAACAACCCUCUGCAGAUGCCCCCAGCACAGAUCUGCUCCAAAGGGAAGUUCCACAUUUUCAAGUAUCUAAACAUGGAGGCAUGCAAAAGGACCCAGGAUCAGCUGGAGAGAGCUCUGCGACCCAGUGGCUUCAGCAGCUGUCUUUCAGAUCAGGAGCUGUUCCCUGGUCAGUAUGGUGGUCUGGACUCUGGCUUCAACAGUGUGGACAGUGGCAGCAAGAGAUGGUCUGGAAAUGAGUCGGCUGACGAUUUUUCAGAGAGAUCUUUGCGAUUGAUGGAAAUUUCUCGUGAGCAGCACAGGGAACAAGACGAGAGGAACGCGUCGCUCGAUACACCCAAAGUGAAUGGAGAUGUGGAGCAGGUGGAUUUCAUUGACGGAAGUUUAACAGAAGAGGAUGAGGAAAGCUGUAAACCAGACACUCCCAGUCCUCCACAGUCAUCACUCGCACAGGAGAAGACUGAAAGCCGGUCCACACCCUCACAGAGCCCUGAUUCAGUUGGCAGCAGGAGGAGUGUUGGCAGCGACUCGGCUGAUGCAGUCUAUCCGUCCAGUCCCACACUAGAGGAGAAGAAGAGGCCUGGCACGCUGCAACUCUGGCAGGAGAGGGAGCGUGCGCAGCAGCAACAGCGAGAGCGUAUGCAGAAGACAGCAUUCAAAACAGGAAGUCAGACGGCGGCAUCAGGCAAACAGGCCGGAACAGGAAGUGUCUCGUGUGGUGACUCUACAGACAGUGGCGCUGCUGUUAACGGUCUCCGCCAAAGAUCUGUUACUGUGGAUCAGAUUUAUCCAGUAUCCCUGCAACGCUCAACAAGCCGCACAGAUGUGCCCUCUGCUAAGCCAUGUUCUCCCACUGGCAGUGCUCCUAAACCCAACAGCUUCCUCUUCCGCACCUCUUCACGCUGCAACGUCAAGACUUCAGGAUCAAUGCAGUCUCUGGCUGAGUCAGGUCGCAGUGAAUCUCGAUCCACGCUCAAAUCACCACGAGAGGAGAGAGCAGAAAUCGCCCAGUUACGGAAGUCCCUGGAGUCUUCUCUGAAGAUCACCCUUCCAGAAGAUCUCGGUGAUGCGUUGUCCAACGGUACCAUCCUCUGCCAGCUAGCCAAUCACGUACGCCCUCGGUCGGUGUCAAUCAUCCACAUCCCCUCCCCUGCUGUGCCGAAACUGAGUGCCGCCAAGUGUCGUCUCAAUGUCGAAAACUUCCUCACUGCCUGCCGCAAGCUGGGCGUUCCUGAGACGGAGGUGUGUCUAGCGUCUGAUAUCCUCUGCAGUAAGCUGCGUGCAGUGCAGCGCUGUGUGGAGUCUCUCUUGUCGAUAGGAGGAGGAGAGGAGCUGAAGGAGGAGAUACAAGCACUCUCUCCCGCUCUCUCUCCCUUCUCCCUCGUCCCCACCGGCUUCUUGCUCUUCUACUGCCUCGUCAUGGGCCUGCUCUUCCUGCUCUACCACCACCUUACUGCAUAAAGCGCAUAAGUGUGUUUACACGCGAGCAUGUGUCGGAUGUAAUCGAUGCGUGCACUUCCACAAACGAAUCGGGCUUUGCAGCAGUGCACUUGCACACUAUGGCACACUAUAGCAGUGUGCCGUAAGUAGAGCUAGCUGCACUGCCAUCCAGACAGCUUGGCAAUGUCACACACACACACACUCUUAUACGCCCCACAUAGUUCUGUUACACUCUAAAAGCUGCAGUGAGUAGAUGUGGAACCGACACAGUGGUUGUUUUUAUGCUGUAUCUGUCUUAAGCAGAAUUGUAUAUAAAAAUACUUAAUACUGUUACAGGUUUAUGGACAGAGAGACUUUGUAGGAUUGCAGUCUGUUGUUUUUGUUUUUUUGUUUUUUUUUUAACUCAUGAAUUACAAAACAAAAGCAUUUUAUAUAAGCUGCCCAGAUAAAAAAAAAAAAGCCUCAUCUGUCAUUUCUUUUCUAAUACUUGCUUACACCGUCCCUCACCUUAAUAACAGCGCCAGUCCUGUUAGGUGUGGAAGCCAGCAGAACGUUCCAUCAAUGUUAGAUGACUCUUUCACUUGCUUGAUGCAACUUAAAGCUAGACUACUUUUUAGGUUUUUCACCUUCUGUUUUUUUCUGUUAAAUAUUUUGGGUCAUUUGGCAAAUCCCACCCACUGGCCAGCUCUACGCUAUCACGCGUCAGCUAUAAUUUAGGGAGAGCGAGUUUGUGCUUUCACUGAGACCCAUGAAGUGAGCCACCGUAUCUUUUUGAACUGCUGCUCGUGGUAUAUCGCAAGGCAGCAGAACAUGCUGGAGGAAAGCGCUAUCUGCCCUCUUCCGCGUACAUGAGCUCACGUAAGUGCACGUGAUUGGCCGUUGUCCCUCUGAUUGACAAGCUAGAGAAUAACACUGUUCCUCCAGUCUAGAAGCAUGGCCAGGUUUGCUCUCUAGGACUCCUGGAAAUGGAUAGGCGUGGCAGCAUUGGGAUUCGAAAUUUGCAACCUUGCUGUUCUGUUGCGUCACUCGGGAGCCACGUGCCACAAGUAUUCUCUUCAGAGGUGCCUACAUCUAUGGUUUAGCUGUAGCAUUUACGCUUGCUAAAGCAGUGGCCGGACGCAAAUUCUGUAAAGUGCUUUUGCACAGACUUUAUCUAAGUUGCGUGAGCUAAUAGAAAGCAAAAAGGCAGAGGAUUUUCCACUACAGGUCAUUCAGUAAUAUAAUAGCAGGGUAAAAUGGGCCGUGUGUUCCCAUUCUCUUUGUUAUACAUUAUAUAAGAUGUACUUAAUUUUCCCUUUGGGGAGACAAGUUGUUAUUUCACUUCAGUAAUGAAACUCUAAACACAAGGGAUGUAUUGCUUUAAUGCUGUUAUCACAAACAUCCUGACCUCCGACAUAUGCUCAUACAUAUGCAUAUGGUCAUUUUUCUGUCUGCCUGCUAACAUUUUCUUGUCGGCAAUGUUGGCUCCUCGUUCUAUGCGAUCGAGGUGAUAUUUGCAGGAGAGUCAAGGUGUCCAAGUGUGCUACCAUGCUUGUUGAUUUGGUCCUGUGAGUGUCAGAAUUGUGUUCUGCUUGAACCUGAAGCACCAAACCUCAGAAUCUGGCCAACAAACUGACCAUGAUUUAACGAUGACUUGUGUUCGUCUAUGUGCUGCUAUUGAUGGAUGAGGAUGAGUUUUGUGGGGGUUUUUUUGUCUGGGGAGCUUAUUAAAACCCUUAAAGCUAUGCUGUCCAUCAUGGCUAGAUGUUUUUAAUCAGUUUGUUUUAAAAGUGGUAUUUAUCUGUUCUUAGUGUCCACUUCCCAAAGGGCUUCGUCGCCGCUUUGCCUUAGCUUACACAGGGGAUCGAGAUUUGAGGAUGGUGUAGUAUUUUAAUGCGUUUUAUAACGGUUUAUUUAGCCUCUGGCACGAAUCGUAAAAAUCCGCUCACAUCUUGUUCAAAGGGCUUUAAAUUUUUUAACCACUUUGUCUCAGUGCUUGCAAAUGUAAGUGCCUGCUAUGUCUGACUGAAGCUACUGUUACAAACUCCACCAUGUCCAUGACCAUUCCAGUCUCUCUGACCGCAGCAUUGCGUGUUAUUUAACAUUUUGGAAUGGUGUUUGCAAAUGAGUAUUAAAAUCCCUGUUCCCAUUUUGUUCAGAGUUAUUCAGUCGGAAUAUUUCUUUCAAAUGUCGGGGUUGAGGGACUGGAAUGAAAUGUUCGCUGUUCGUUUUGUUUGUUUCGUCUUGUUGACUGACUGUGACCACCAGGGGGCAGUGGUGUUGCACAACUGCACUCUAAGCUAUAUGUCUUAUGGUACCGAAGUAAUGUUUCAGAGUUCUGAUGUUGUAUGUAUGUGUAUUGUUUUUGGUCAGCUUGCUAUGUAAAAUUAAGUUAUUGUUUAUUUAUUCAUGCAUUCCUGUGUCAAGCAGCAGUAUUGGGUGAAACACGGCCUCACAGAGCAAAUCCCUCUCAGCUCGCACAAAGCAUUACAAUAUUUGCUGCAUUUUAUAUGUAGUUUUAUGCAGAUUAUCUUCUGUGUUCAUAAAAAGAAAAACUGGUCUACUUAGCCCCAAGUCAUGAUGUGUCAAAUGCAAGACCAAUUUUCUAUGUUAGUAAAUAUCAGCUCCAUAUAUAUAAUAUAUAAAAACAGCGAGUGUUAAUGAAAGUUGUAAAUUCUUCUCAGUCGAAAUAACAUCCCAUUAAAACCUUCUCAAGCUUCUUUUUUAAUGCCUCAGUAACGUUGGUUUUAGGCCCAUGAGUACACCGUGUUUCCUCAGUACUGUCUGCUGCUGUUGCUUUUGUGUUCCCUGCAUACUUAAUGUGAUUUAGCAGCUUUGCAGACAGUUGACUAACGAGCAGACGCUCAUCUGGAGAGAGUGAUAAGGGCACAUGGGAGAGAACAGAGUGAAAGAGAAGGAGGAGAGGAGAAGCACAAGGGUGGACUGAUAGGAUAGAAAAUGUGAGGAGAAAAAAAUAAUAAUUUUUUUUUUUUUUUAAAUGGGUUCAUUUUCAUUCAUCCAAUUUGUUGAAUUCUUCCCAUUAACGCAUUUAAAAUGAGCUUCCUCAAAUCUACAGUAUGCGCGGAUGUGAAAUAUCUUCUCAUGGUUCCCACAACUGAAAUCAUCGCGCUUUUUUUUUCUUUUCUUUUCUUUUUUUUUUUUAUCACAUUUUCAGUCCACACAAAUGUAAUUGCCUGAAGGACUCACUGUAACCGAAAGCCAUGUUGCUUAUUCAGAGCAGGGAUGUUGAAGAACUACCCAUUAAUGCUGCCCUCUUUGUUUUUUUGUCUUUCCUUCUUUAUUUUAUUCCAACCACUUUCAGUUUUUUGUUGGAGCAAGAUCUGCAAUAAUGUUUCAACCAAAAUGUCUUUUAGGGUGAAGCGAGUUUAUGAAAGCACCAAAACUCACUGGAGUUGAAUUUUGAACUUUUAAAGAAAUUGUUAAGAAGCAAGAUGUAUUUUGUAAUAUUUAUAUCCCUCAUGUAUUUAAGGAGGUCAAUUGUAAGUUUAUAUAGAUUCCGAUUUUUGUUUUUUUGUUGCUGUAAUUAUUAAAAAAGAAAGGGGGGGGGAAAAUCUUUUGUUCUGUGCUGCUUCAUUUUCUGUUUUCUCUCAUGGUUUGCCUUCAGUGUAUAUUUUGUUUGUUUGUUUUCUUUCUCAAGCCAAUAAUCUUCCCUCAGGUGUCUGUUGAUAGCUUUUAAGUCUCUAACCGUUGUGUUUGCUUAGUGUGAAGGUAAGUGUUAAAUCCAUCCUUACUUGUGAGGUGAAGGAAAUUGUGCAUGAGUGAGUUUAGAGCUUGUUGAAACAUGUUCAGCUUCUGAGGAUACACUGAUUGGGGGAAACAACACACUUUUCCUUUCUUGCUGCAAAAAACAAACAAAACCAACUGCAUGGCUGUUAAAGCUUAGAGUUGGGAAAAUCUACUUGUGGAAGUUUUAAAUGAGAGAGGGUGAGAUAUUGGGUAGUGUGCAUGCUGUUACUGCUGCUUUUCUCAUCCUUUCUGCACAAAACCUGUGACCUGAUUAGAGUGUCUUUCAGUUCCAGUCCUGCGCUACCAUGUCCUGUUGAGCUCUCCGGAUAUGCAUGAAGCACUGCCCGAACUCGGUCUGGUAUGUGUGCGAGAGCCGUAGGGGAGAAAUGGGGGGAGCAAAAAAAAAGAGAAACACUGCAGUGUAGUUCUCUCAGGACUGGAGCUGAGAAACAAUACAAAAUCCAAAUCCUCAUCAGUGUGUUGUUGUGUGCACUAAUCUGUACGUGCAUGUGCGUAUGUUUGGCUUUGGUGCUUCAUCACAUGUUCUUGCGUGCCUAUUUCUAACCUGUUUGAACUGUCCUCCGAACCCCACCAGGACUCUCUGUGUCCAGCUCAGCUCAUUCUGGAGGACGAAGGACUGAGCCGCAUCGCUCACACCGUCCAGACUCUGCUGGAGCUGCCCCCGUCCGGACCCCGCCGCUCUUCCCUUCAAACGCCUGCGCAAUAUACCAACAGCUCAUAACGUUCAAUUCAACUUUUAAUACAAGCCAUACCUUCUGAAUGUCUUCAGUGUUUUUAUUAUAUUAAAGGAAGGGUGCACUCUGGCCCACCUCAUGAUUUCGAAUGCUUGUACAGCUGCUUGGGAGUAUACUGUAGAUUUUCAUUGUGGUCUGCCGUGUGUAAUCACCGGACGAUUGCAAAUAUUAAACAAGAUGAAACGGAAA